AUGAAGCAGUACAGGAACCAUCCAUCUAUAUUAUUCUGUUCAUAUCUAUCUAUCUAUCUAUCUAUCUAUCUAUCUGAUUCAGGUCUGUCUAUAUAUCACUCUUUUCAUAUCUAUCUAUCUAUCUAUCUAUCUAUCUAUCUAUCUAUCUAUCUAUCUAUCUAUCAUUUUCUUCAUAUCUAUCUAUCUUAUUCUAUUCAGGUCUGUCUAUAUAUCACCCUUUUGGCAAAUCUAUCUAUCUAUCUAUCUAUUAUCUAUCUAUCUAUCUUAUCUAUCUAUCUAUCUUCAUUUUCUUCAUAUCUAUCUCUCUAUCUUAUUCUGUUCAUAUCUAUCUAUCUAUCUAUCUAUCUAUCUAUCUAUCUAUCUAUCUAUCUAUCUUAUUCUGUUCAUAAGUAUCUAUCUUUAUUUCUUUUUGUUUCUAUUUUAUACAUAGGAACUGUUUACAUCUACAGGAAUGAAUCUAUCUAUCUAUCUAUCUAUCUAUCUAUCUAUCUAUCUAUCUAUCUAUCUAUCUUCUGCACUAUAUCUAUCUAUCUAUCUAUCUAUCUAUCUAUCUUAUUUAUCCUUAUAUUAAUGUCAAUCUUCAUAUCCAUAUCUCAGUCUGCGUCCUAUCUCUCUCCUUCAUUCACUUUCUCUCUCUCUCUCUAUCUAUUCUGCGCUCUAUCUAUCUAUCUAUCUAUCUAUCUAUCUAUCUAUCUAUCUAUCUAUCUAUCUAUCUAUAAUCCAGACUCUCUGUGUAUAUAA